UGCAUCUCAAGCCUGGACUCAGAGAUUAAAUUCUCGGUCACGUCGGGCUGCAAUUCUGCCUUACUAUCAGAGUUUGGUAGCGUAUUUUGUGGCUCAGAAUGCGAGUUCACCAAUGACUUGCCAACCAAAAGCGUAUUACUUUUAGCUUUUUUUCACUUUUUCUCCGUACUGUCGUCCAUUUUUCAUCACUGAGGACAGCCACAUUUAGGAUGGUCACGGUUUUAUCCGGGUCUUCACUUUCCACUGGAGAUGCAUGGCUACUCAUGUCAAUAUCGAGUAGCGCUUCACUCUUCGUUAGUUUUAACGGAAAUUUCACUUUUCCGUCAAUCACAGUAGGGUGUUUAACACGUCCUGUAACAGCACGUACGACACUGACACAUUCUUUACUGGCAGUACUUAUGUUAACAGUGCAACCACUAUCUUUCUUUUUACUUGCCAUAGCUAAUAGGCUCAUAGCCUCCUGGAUUAGUAACGUCCUAUUUGUUAGCAAAACGUGCAAAACCAAUGCGAGUUAGAUUUCGAGCAUCUUUUGUAUGAGGC